GAUCAAGUAAGAGCGGCUAACGAUAGCUGCCUCUGAGCAUAAAAGGCUCUAUUUUCUCCGGAACCAGACUCGGAAUUAUCCAUGACUUACUUGUUAUUUCUUUCCUCCACGAUCUUCUUUGCUGUCCAAUGAUGUCCACCAUACUUGACUCAUCCACGCCCGUCCCGGACACGCUCGAGGAGUGGCAGGCGCAAGUCGACCUGUUGGGUCUCAGCACCAAAACCAUCCACGAUAUCCAGUUGAAGUCCGCCUCUCGUGUCUCCAGGGAACAAUUUCUACUGCUCCGAGUGCUUUGGGAAGACGGUGACUCCUCUAAAUUUCUGCAGUUCUUCGACUUGAGCCAAUGGCUGCCAGCUGCCAAAGAGAAGUUGGGAAACCUUUCGUCAUGGAGGAGAUACUGCCAAAGUUUCACGAGCCCGAUCCCUGAAGGGACAUUUGCUGCAGCUCGUCAUUAUCAACUGGAAGCUUCCAAAACAGAACAGGUUGACUUUGGCGGCGGUGUUGUCUUCUCUCCCAAAGUUCACAUGACUCGUUCAAGGACACAGCUUCAACCUCCGAUCCGCCAACCAGACUUUACCUCCACAACUCCUCCAAGGCAACUUGACCAGGCUUUUGAGACCCCCGGCAUCGAUUACGAGCCAGGCUCAAGUCCUCUAGACCUCCCAAUGUCGUCGCCUCCGUCUCACUGGAGCACUAUCAGCCCCGAUGACGAAUUCAUGUACCCCCCAACGAAAGAUGAGCAGAUCACCAAUACCGCUCUUCUGGUCUUUCUUGAUUCUAUCACUCUCCAUUUCAAUCUUUCUGUGUCCUGGUCUCUACAUCGCAUCGCUUUGACGGCGGAAUUCACCAAUGCAAAAUUCGAAGCAAGGACGGAUGGCUACCUUGCAGAUCGCAAUGGGGAUAUCAAGGCUAUCAUCGAGGUCAAGCCGGUACUCAGGCAGAUGAAGGAGCCUCAGAUUCGCAUACAAGAGAGCCACCAAAUUGUCGCUGGCUUACUGACAGACUACAAUUCAUCCUUCCCUGCACGUCGGAAUAAGCCUCGUAUUAUUAUAUCACAAGAUAGACAUGAGAUUUAUAUCUCGAUUGCGGAGUACAACGCUGAUUACAUCAACUAUCUCCAAACUGGGGAUACCCGCAACAAUCCUUUCCUGGUGGUGCAUGAAUUCGGUCCUUGGAACACGAACAACCCCGCUUCUAUGGCUGAACUAGGUCCAAUUCUUCUAGCGAUUAGCCUCAAGGCUCAGCAUUACUAGGUAGAUGAGGGUGUUAUUAAACCAAACAUUUUACAUUAGAACUAAUGCUUAACUCAUUCCACUAUUUGCCUUGUUUCACGGCGUUGUGCCAGUCCAAGUAUCCCAGUUUCAUCGUCACCGGCGCUAUUCAAUAGUACUUCCUGUCUCUUCAGAGGUGGCUUUAUAAUAUUGUCUCUAGAAGAACUAUUUAGGGUUUAGCCAAUUAUUCGUUACUACUAACUAACUAGUAGGCGGCGGCGGUGGUGGUGGUGGUGGUG